UUAACUGACUUAGCAUGAAAAGCUUUAUUAUUAAUAUCCUGUGUUUGGCUUUUUGAUGACUAAACCUUUUUUUUUUUUUUUAGCUAAAAGGGUCUCAGUUCCGAAGAGGGUAACUGUUCUUUCUACAGUGUCAGCUCCAACAGUUCAUAGCAAUCGUAUCCUGCUGCCUGUUGUUGGUCAGUCUAAGCCACUCUGUUUCGACGUUCCUCUUCCUCACAAACUGAGACUCCUACAAGAUUCAGCUUCAGAGUUCUCUAUGAAUGGAGAAUCCCUGACUGGACAAACUGGAUUCAAUCAAAUUGCCUUACAUUACAAAACAAACCAUCAUCUUACUAUAAAAACAACGUCUAUCAGAUACCAUGAUGGCCAGAAUCAAGUUGAGUUCUUGUGGGGCCAGGAACUGACUCAAAACAAUACUGAGGGCGUUUCUCUGAUUCUACGGAGCAAUGAAAUAGACGUCACCAUGGGAAAUAUUCACAUCGUUAUUCUUCUCCAUAAGGAAAAAAGGGACAUGUUUCUGUGGCCUGCUGUACAGCAAGAGUCAAAAGAUGUCAGUUCGACAGGCGUUUUAGGAAAAACUGAUGCUUCAUAUGAAGAGAUUCAAGGAUCACAAACACCAACUUUAAAGAUAAAGGACCAGGAAGUGAGCGCUAGCUGGGUGGACAUCACAGACUACAGACAUUCUUCAAAGCCGGUUAUCCAAUGCUGGCUUGUCUCGUUCUACGCUGUGAUGCAGAGGGACAUUUCUGAUUUCUCUGUCACUAAGCUGUAGAGUUCAAAGCUGGCAAAUGUAUUUCUAUGUAAAACCCUUGCUGAUGUUUUUGUUGAGUGUAUUUUUUCUGUCAUUGACAAACAUGAUAUCUCUGACACACCUCAGCAUUUCAAUAAAUUCAUCAACAUAAAAACAA